AUGCCCCGGGGGCCGCGCUCACUACCAAAUGUUAAUAAAGCCCGCGUCUGUGCCGCCGAGGCUUUUCUGUGCGUUGACUUGGGGCUCCGGCAGGCCGGGGUAGUGCUCUCACGGAUACUUUCAAAAGAGGCCGCUGUCUUACGAGGGAAACUUAGGCUCUGCCUGACAUCCAGCGACAGAGACGGAAGGGGUCGCGGCGGCUCGCGGGCCAGGGCUGCGCGGCCCAGGUCCAAGCUCCCAGCACGCGCAUUGGGACCGCAGCGCUGCCGGCCGCCCGAUCCCGCGCUCUGCAAACCGUGCCGCGGCCCCCCAGGGAGGGUCACUCGCUCCUAUUUGGGUCAGCCCUUUCCAGCAGCUACUGUGUGGCCGGCCCGGGGCCAGCGCCGCCCGGGGACCUGGCGGACCGCGCGGGGCGGAGGGAGCAGCGGAGCCAGGCUGGCAGCAGCGCGGUCGCUGGAAACAGGCUUCAUGCGGGGACCCGGACAGAGCGGGAGCUCCGUUCCAGAAAGAUUUAUUGGCGCCCCCUAUAACCCGGGCCGGUGCUUGGUGCUGGGCGCAGAGAUGCAUUGCGCCACGGCCCUGCUCGCGGAAGCUCCCGAGGGCCCGGAGUCGGCAGAGAGGGCUUCAGGGAGGAGGCAGCUAGAGCUGCGACCUGAAGGGUCACAGGCAGGCCUACUGCCCACCUAUCUCCGAAGACCCGGGUCCCCUGGUGUUGGGCAGGUUCUGAGCUGCCCUGCUCCACCCUGGCCGAUCCAUCACCUGAUAGAGUCAACUGCCUGUUGGGGGCCCAGAGCAGCCCCGGCGGAAGAUGCUAGGCGUUUGGGUCAUAUCAGGCCACAGGAAGGGGGGCAGGGAAGGCUUCCUGAAGCAGAGGCCUGAGCCUCAGCGAAGAGAGAACAGGGAGAGCCUCAGAGAGACGAAAGUCGUGGGGAUGGGGGAACAGGAACAGUGGCUUGGGGGCAGAGGGCACAAGCAGAAGGCCACGGAAGCUCAGCAGACUCGGCAGGGCAAGCUCAGGUUCAACCCAGCAGCCCUUGGCUAGAGGGGUGACCUCAACCCCACCAAACGCCCAAAGCCCAUUUUAUAGAUGAGGAAACUUAGGGCCCAGAGUCCUGUCA